GACUUCUGCACGCGCCUGCGUCUGCACAAAUCAGCUGUUGGCUGUUUUGCGAAAGAUCAAACAAUUCCCAGGCCUCGGUCCGGUUGGCAGAUUCUGGGAAAAGAAUUGUCAAAACAGAUGGACCACUGACGUUUCGUCGCGGCUCGGAGUUCCCGCAAAGUUGAAUCCGGGGCUGCCCUCGCGAGUAAACAGACGGCCGACAGUGCAACGACGAGUGGAGCCUCGGCUGAAGUUUUGUAGAUUUUCGGGUGAAGUGAUGACAAAUGAAAUCAAGUGAACUCUCGCGGCGGCGAAUGCUCCGAGUCGGAUUGCUUUGAUGGCUUCAGGUGAUGAUAUUUCACCAUUCGCCGUUCAAGUCGACGACGAUGGCAUGCAGGCAGAGAACGCUCACGACACUCGGAAUUUUCACUUGAUAGAGGCUGCCGCCUCUACUAUAAACUCGAAGCAGAAUGGCCCCGGCGCGGAAUCGACCCCUUGGUUGGCCGUGGAAGAUGAUUUUCUGGACGAGAUGCGAAGAAGUGAAAUUAAUGGAGCGUCGGCGGGAGAUCAUUCGACGCAGACUUCCGACGCCGAGAUGAAUGCCAUUUCCAUGUCCAAUUUGUACGAUAGAGACUUUCAGGAAAUGAACACCGACAAAUAUUCUGAAAGUUCGUGGUGUGCAUCAGAACCGUUUUUUAAUCCAAUGAACGACACGGGAGACAGCCCUCCAAAACCAUGUAACUGCAAUAGCACGAGUCCUCCGAAACCAGUUAGCAAUAAUAAUCAAAGGGAUUGCUACUUUGCACCAGCAAAUCCUUGUGGUUGUGGAUCGGUUAAUAACUCGUUAUAUUUCGCUGAUGGAAAGAGAUCCAUUGAUUUUGUGUUGGCUUGGAAUCCGGACGAAGAUGAAUCUGUGGAAAGGACUAACGCAAAGAAACGGGAAGUUUUCGAAGCGAAUCUUGUGAAAGAAGGCCUUGAAUUGGAACGUGAAACGCUUGACAAUGAUUUAACAUUUGUAAAGAUACAUGCCCCUUUCGAGGUCCUCAGAAGGUACAGUGAAAUUCUCAAAUUACGUAUGCCGAUGAAAGAGUCGCUUUGCCAAGUUGACAAGAAUGAGGGGACAAGUGUGUUAUCGAAUGCAGCACAGUUUAUAUCAGAUAAGGUUAGAAUGACAAUUCUGAAUGUUGCAGAGGACGCUUUAAUGCCUAAGAUACCUGGGUUUCUAGGUGUACGUAAAACCACAAAUUCUGUGUUCAAUCAACUUAAAUGUGCAUGGAUGCAUCUCCUAAAAUAUAUUCUAGUCGACGAACAAAAUUUUCCUAAACGCUCACAUCGUUUUACAGCUGUAUAUAGUCGUGAUAAGGAGUAUUUAUUCGAUUUACAACAAGCGUGUUUUUUCACUGCAGCCAUUAGAUCUCGAAUUGUACAGUUCAUAUUGGAUAGAAAAAAAUUUACAUUGAAACCUAGCGACGAUUUCGCAUUUGGAAUUGAAAGACUGAUUUCUGAAGAGGUUUAUUUGGCUGCGUAUCCUUUACACGAUGGUGAUAUCGAUGCUCCAGGGAGUAUGCGGUACCUUUUAUACUCAGAAUGGGCGUCUAUUCGACGAUGGUAUCGCUACCAACCGUUGGACUAUGUUAAGGAAUAUUUUGGUGUUAAAAUAGGGUUAUAUUUUGCUUGGUUGGGCUACUACACUUACAUGUUAUUGUUAGCAUCAAUUGUCGGACUGAUUUGCUUUAUAGUGUCAUAUUUAACUUUGGACCAAAAUAGACCUAGCCACGACAUCUGCAAAGCGCCGGACGAUAUAAAAAUGUGUCCAUUAUGUGAUCAUUGGUGUGACUACUGGGAUUUAAAAGAAACUUGCAUCUAUUCCCGCAUCACAUAUCUCAUCGACAAUCCAACAACUGUAUUUUUUGCCGUUUUCAUGUCCUUUUGGGCAGCGUUAUUUUUAGAACUGUGGAAACGAUAUUCGGCUGAGAUAACGCAUCGUUGGGAUUUAACCGGGUUUGAUACGUAUGAAGAACACCCACGGCCUCAGUACUUAGCUAGGUUGGCAAAUGUGAAAAAGGUGCGAAUAGAUUAUGUGACGAAUACUCGCGAACCUCAUCCACCGUUUUGGCGGAUGAAAUUGCCUGCAACGGUUUUCAGCUUUUCGGUCGUAAUUUUGCUGGUACUGUUGGCCUUAGCUGCUGUUUUGGCGGUAGUGCUGUAUAGGAUGUCGAUGUUAGCGGCGUUGAGUGUUUAUGGAGAUAAAGUUACCACGUCAUGGGCACUGUUGUUUACAACUGCAACGGCGGCAUCAAUCAAUUUGUGUUUGAUUUUUGUGUUCAAUUGGAUGUAUACGUACUUAGCCGAGUACUUAACGGAGCUCGAACUGCUACGAACUCAAACUGAAUUCGAUGAUUCAUUGACAUUAAAAAUCUAUCUUCUUCAAUUCGUUAACUACUAUGCCUCUAUCUUCUAUAUUGCCUUCUUCAAAGGCAAAUUCAUCGGACAUCCUGGAAAAUAUAAUAGAUUUCUGGACUAUCGACAAGAAGAGUGCGGCUUCGGUAGCUGUCUCAUGGAGCUUUGUAUACAACUUGCCAUCAUUAUGAUUGGGAAACAAGCUAUGAAUUCAAUUCUGGAGAUGAUUAUCCCGAUGUUCUUUAAGUGGUUAAAUGUGAUGCGCGUUCGUUAUUUUAAUAGAAAAACACGUUCAGCCAAAGGCAAGGAUGAACGAUGGCUCAAUGAUUUAAAGUUAGUUGAGUGGGGGUCUAGGAGUUUAUUUCCAGAGUAUUUGGAGAUGGUCCUGCAGUAUGGCUUUGUAACUAUCUUCGUGGCGGCGUUUCCUCUAGCACCUUUGUUUGCUUUGUUGAAUAAUAUUUUGGAAAUGCGUUUGGAUGGGCGGAAGUUACUGACAUUUCAUAGACGUCCUGUUUCGCAACGUGUCCGUGACAUUGGAAUAUGGUAUCGUAUUCUCGAUAGUAUAGGAAAGCUGAGUGUCAUAACAAACGGCUUUAUCAUUGCUUUUACAUCAGAUUUCGUGCCCAGACUGGUAUAUAGACUUGCUGUGUCUGAAGAUGGGUCUCUCGCAGGGUACCUAAACUAUACGUUGGCUUAUUUUGAUACCAAGGACUUACAAAGAGGUAGCGAACCAGUUUAUUCGCGACAAAAUGUAUCCAUUUGCAGGUAUCCCGAUUUUAGAGAGCCUCCAUGGUCACCUAAUAAAUAUGAACGAACUGCCAUGUAUUGGAUAAUAUUUGCCGCACGCUUAGGGUUUGUUGUUGUUUUUGAAAAUGUCGUUGCAGUUGUUAUGAUUUUCGUCAAGUGGUGCAUCCCUGAUAAGUCCGCAAAACUCCGUGAUCAAAUAAGACGGGAGACAUACAUUACAAAUGAAAUCAUUAUCAAACAAGAGGCUCUUCGCGCACGUUCUGGUAAAGAUUCUCAAGAUUCCCAGUACUAUGCAACCGUCGAAAAUGAACCGAAUCAAGAAUUCAUUGGCACUGAAAGACUAUUAACUGAGCAACAAUUAUCUGAAUCUCAAUUAGAUCUUAGGAAUAUUGCCGAUGGUGGUGAACCGAACACAAUUUUCGACAGAAAGAGGAAUUUCAGCAAUAAAUCAGAAGAUUGUCCUCCUGCAGCGGUUUGAAACGAAUAGUGUAUAUGCACAUAUCAGAUUCAGGACGUUUCUGGUAGACAACAACUGCACAUGCCAAACACUUUUUAAGAAUAAGUUUUACAUAUUUUGUGAUUUAUAAUAGUUAAUCAUGUAAAAGGAAAAAUUUAGUUUAAGAUUUAAAGACAUGUUUAUGGGUUGCUUUGUUGGGUUGUUGUUCAUUCUCAUCUAAUGCAAUGACGAUCAUUUAGUUUUAUGGUUGUGAUAGAUAUUUUUUGCGGAGGCGAUGUUAUAGCUGCUUUGUUUGCUAUUGAACUUGUGAUUCUAAUGUUUUUUUUUUAAAUUACUAAUAUAUUAGAUGUGCCUUUUGGAUAAGGUAUGGAAAGCGCACAUUAAAGGUUAAACAACUUCCUAGUAAGACACACUAAUCCUUCACAUACUUUAUUAAGUAUAUUUGUAUAGAAUUUCUUAGUCUUCUUUUGAAAGGUUCGCAUUUUCAGCAAAUACGUUUUGUUUAUUGAACAACGAAUGGAUGUGUUUUUUAGAAAGCCAUAAGAAUGUUGGUUUAGUGAAUCAGUUCCACUUUCGGUCAUUAUGCAGGUGCAUAGUUCACUAAAACGGAAGUUUCCAUCGAACAUUUUCCUGUAGAAUUCGAUUUUUCAACUUUACGAUCGAAUUUAAUUGAACUCAGGUCAAAUUUGUAGGAGAAAUCAUCAGGUGGCAUUCGUGGUGUUGAAUGUAAGGAAUAGAUUCGAAUAUGGCCUUUAUAAUAUAAUAAUGGUGCUUUACGUAAUUUUGAACAACUUCGUCGUAAAUUUAUUGUACUUACAAUUAGUUGAAAGAAUGACUUUAUUGUCUUUAUAUAAAUAAUCUUGCUUACUUGUGAUUGCUUAGCUAAUAUACCAAAUAGAGUCUAGCAUACCUUGGUAACUAUGAAAGGAAAAAAGUGUUUUCAGAUGUUAGAAAACGCAAAAUAUAUUUUGCGCCUCAAAAAUUGUUAGUUUCGAGUGGAAGGAGACUUCUAAACAUGCAACGUAAAACAUUUCGCACUCCACUCAGGUAGUAUUACGGAUAGUUCCUAGCUUGGAAACGCUGAUAGGUUAUAUUUCGUCUAGCUCUAAACCGCUUUCUUCCGCUUGAGUGUUGAAUUUCAACUAAAUAUGAAGCUCAUUUGUACAUUAUUUAUUAAAUGUGCAUUAUUAAUGUAAUCAAAAUAUUUGAAUAUUUAUUAAAUAAAAUAAUGAACUUAUAUAUAUGUUA